AUGCCCGCUGCGCCAGCCGCUGCCGCCGCGGCUGUCCACCAGCCAAAGAUUGUCCAGACUGCAUUCAUCCACAAGCUGUACAGCAUGCUUGAAGAUCCCAGCAUCCAGCACCUGAUAUCGUGGUCAGCGAGCGCCGAGAGCUUCGUUAUGUCUCCUUCGGCAGACUUUUCCAAGGUUCUCGCGCAAUACUUCAAACAUACCAACAUAUCCUCUUUCGUUCGGCAGCUCAACAUGUACGGAUUUCACAAAGUAAGCGAUGUUUUUCACACUACCAACCCGGAGACUGCUCUGUGGGAAUUCAAGCACGGAAAUGGCAACUUCAAAAGGGGCGAUCUCGUCGGGCUGCGGGAGAUUAAGCGCAGAGCUUCUCGGCAUGCUUUAGUCCACCGAGAAUAUCCCAACUCCAAGCCGAGCCCGUCGCAGCCAGGGACCCCGGCGGAGCCGAUGCCUCCUCCCAACGACGGCUCAGAUCCUCGAAUGGGUGGCAUUGAACACACGCUUUACGAUAUGAGCAUGCGCUUGCAGAGAAGCGAAGAGAACGCACAUUACAUGCACGUGAAACAACAGGCUGUGAUGGAGACAAUGUCGCGUCUCCUUCAAUUCAACCAAGAGCUAUCGCGGACUAUUUUGAACCUGGUUCCUAGCCCAGAUAAUCCAGUUCACAGAGAUGUUCUUAACCUGCAGGCGGAAAUGGCCCGCCAGGCGGAUAUGCUUCGGACAAUUGACGACCCUCAAGAGUCCCCUUUCGCCAAUAGCCGAGCUUAUUUUUCCAACGUCGAAAAUGCCCCUGUUUCGCCCCGACAAGUACCCCAAGACGACCCAAGACGAGCCAAUCUUGCAGUUCCUCAGCCAAGAGGGCAGAAUUUCUACCGGCCUCCCGUACCUUCAAACUUAUCCAUUAGCACGCGACGACCGUACGGGUCAAUCGGCGGAAGCUCCGCGCCCCAGGCCUCAUCCCCCUUGAGGGGAGCGCCACCUCCACCUCCGCCGGGACCUCAUCCCUUGGCUCAGGUUGAGCCGCCUCCUGGAAGCCUUGCCAGACGCCACACGUCUGCCGAUAUUCGCGCCCAUGGUUGGCAGCCAGCCGCCCCGCCGUUCGCUUCCGGUCCUCCCUCCGGGCCCCCUUCAGGACCGUGGCCAUCGUCGCCCAGUCGGCUCGCACCAGAGGACCAACGUCUCAGGGAGUCGUUGUCUACUUACUCACUACAAGGUGCUACUCAGUCACGCCCUCUUUCCCGGCCCGCAACUCCUCCUGCGCCAUUCUCCAACGGCGGCGGAGAAGUUUUUGGAGCCUGGUCGUGGAACUCGGCCAAUAGAGACAAUAAGAACCUGUCCGUCAGGGACAGCUCAGGACCCCCUACUCGGCGCGGCAGCAUGGCCCACAUCCUCAACCCGACGGACACAGCCGAGAGGGAUGACGAGGACGAGGAUCCGCGCGGUGACGAUGACCGCAAGCGCAAGCGAAUGCAGUGA